GGGGCGGGUCACGCAGAUCGCGCGGCCCGGAGCUGCGCUGGCGGCUGGCGGCGGCGGCGGCGAAACUGCGGACUGGGGGCGGGCGCGGGGCUCUGGGUAAGCGAAGCGCCGCGCAGUGCUGAGCCCGCCGCCCGUCGGGGAGCCAUGGAAAUCGGCACCGAGAUCAGCCGCAAGAUCCGGAGUGCCAUUAAGGGGAAAUUACAAGAAUUAGGAGCUUACGUUGAUGAAGAACUUCCUGAUUACAUUAUGGUGAUGGUGGCCAACAAGAAAAGUCAGGACCAAAUGACAGAGGACCUGUCCCUAUUUCUAGGGAACAACACAAUUCGAUUCACCGUAUGGCUUCAUGGUGUGUUAGAUAAACUUCGCUCUGUGACAACUGACCCUUCCAGUCUUAAGUCUUCUGAUACUAACAUCUUUGACAAUAAUGUGUCUUCAAACAAGAGCUGUUUCAGUCGGGGAGAUGAGAGAAGGCAUGAAGCUGCAGUGCCACCUCUUGCAGUUGCUAGCAGUAGACCUGAAAAAAGAGAUUCCAGGGUUUCUACUAGUUCACAAGAGCAGAAAACCACUACUGUCAGACAGACUUAUGAUGAUGGAGCUGCAACCCGAUUAAUGUCAACUGUGAAGCCUCUGAGGGAGCCAGCACCCUCUGAAGAUGUGAUUGAUAUUAAACCAGAACCAGAUGAUCUCAUUGAUGAAGAUCUCAAUUUUGUGCAGGAGAAUCCCUUAUCUCAGAAAAAACCUACAGUGACACUUACAUAUGGUUCUUCUCGCCCUUCUAUUGAAAUUUAUCGACCACCUGCAAGUCGAAAUGCAGAUAGUGGUGCUCAUUUAAACAGGUUGCAAUUUCAGCAGCAGCAAAACAGUAUUCAUGCUGCCAAGCAAUCUGAUAUACAGAACAGCCGGGUAUAUGAAACUGGACGUUUGUGUGAACCGGAAGUGCUUAACAGUUUAGAAGAGACUUACAGUCCCUUUUUCAGAAACAACUCAGAAAAAAUGAGUAUUGAGGAAGAAAACUUUCGCAAGAGAAAGUUGCCUGUGGUAAGUUCAGUUGUUAAAGUAAAAAAAUUCAAUCAUGAUGGAGAAGAGGAGGAGGAAGAUGAUGAUUGUGGGUCUCGUACAGGAAGCAUCUCCAGCAGUGUGUCAGUGCCAGCAAAGCCUGAAAGGAGACCUUCACUCCCACCUUCUAAACAAGCUAACAAGAACCUAAUUUUGAAGGCUAUAUCUGAAGCUCAAGAAUCUGUAACAAAAACAACUAACUAUUCUACAGUCUCACAGAAACAGACACUUCCAGUUGCUCCCAGAACUCGAACUUCUCAAGAAGAAUUGCUGGCAGAAAUGGUCCAGGGCCAAAGCAGGAGCCCCAGAAUAAGUACCCCCAUUAAAGAAGAGGAAACAAAGGGAGAUAAUAUAGAAAAGAGCCAAGGAACUCAACAGAGGCAGUUGUUAUCCCGACUGCAAAUUGACCCAGUAAUGGCAGAAACUCUACAGAUCAGUCAAGAUUACUAUGACAUGGAAUCCAUGGUCCAUGCAGACACAAGAUCAUUUAUUCUGAAGAAGCCAAAGCUGUCUGAGGAAAUAGUAGUGGCACCAAACCAAGAGUCGGGGAUGAAGACUGCAGAUACCCUUCGGGUACUUUCAGGACACCUUAUGCAGACACGAGAUCUUGUACAACCAGAUAAACCUGCAAGUCCCAAGUUUAUAGUGACGCUGGAUGGUGUCCCCAGCCCCCCAGGAUACAUGUCAGAUCAAGAGGAGGACAUGUGCUUUGAAGGAGUGAAACCUGUAAACCAAACUGCAGCCUCAAACAAGGGACUCAGAGGUCUCCUCCACCCACAGCACUUGCACUUGACGAGCAGGCAGCUCGAUGACCCAGAUGGUAGCUUUCCAAAUGCUGAGAUGAGUGAACUGAGUGUGGUCCAGAAACCCGAAAAACUUCUGGAGCGUUGCAAGUACUGGCCUGCCUGUAAAAACGGGGAUGAGUGUGCUUACCAUCAUCCUGUUUCACCGUGCAAAGCCUUCCCCAAUUGUAAAUUUGCUGAAAAAUGUUUAUUUGUUCAUCCAAAUUGUAAAUAUGAUGCAAAAUGUACUAAGCCAGAUUGUCCCUUCACUCACAUGAGUAGAAGAAUUCCAGUACUGCCUCCAAAACCAGCAGUUGCAACACCAGCAUCACCUUCUAGUAGUCAACUGUGCCGUUAUUUCCCUGCUUGUAAGAAAAUGGAAUGUCCCUUCUAUCAUCCAAAACACUGCAGGUUUAACACUCAGUGUACAAGACCCGACUGCACGUUUUAUCAUCCCACCAUUACUGUGCCACCACGACAUGCCUUGAAAUGGAUUCGACCUCAAACCAGUGAAUGACUGUCCUACUUGGCAGAAGACUGGAAUUUCCAUCUACUGGUGAACAUAUUCUGCAAAACUUGUCAAACCUUUGAAACUUGGAAUAUAUUGCUUUCAUAAUAUGAAGUUUAUUGCCUAUCUGAAGUGUCUAAUUUUUCAAGUUUGUAAGUUUAUUAAGUGGUUUUAACAUUGGGUGUUAUUUGACUGUGGAAAGACCGUUCAAGGAAAAGCUACAUUCUAUUAAAACAUUGGAGGCGUGUUUGCACCCUGACUGCUAUUUCAAGUAUCCGCAUUUACCCCGUGGUGACAGUGGCAGUGCGGGGCUGCAGUUUGCUCUGUGUUGAGAGAGAGGAGCAUCCUUAUUCUAAAACAUUGGAUUUUGUUCCCUUUUCCCAAGGAUUAUCCACUGUGAAAACAGAGUGGCGGCCCAAAGUGUGGAGGCAGCAUAAAAUAGUCAUUCAGUCCUGCUUUUUAAUUUUAAGUGAAUUGAGUUUGAAAGCAUGAUCAUACAGGUGUCUUGGGUUGAGUGCUGCUUCAGUGGAUGGUUCUUACCUUCUGGGAUAGGAUGGGUUGGGUAAAAACGGAAUGACAAAUGCAAAAAAGAUCGAACAGUUCCUUAAAAUGCUUUCAUUUACUAUUAACAUACACUUUUUAAAUAAAUAUUUUGGGGCUGCAUUAUCACAAAAUUAUACAAAAUUUUUUUUUUACAAUACUAUAUACAGAAGGUAUCAGAAAACAUACUUUGAGCUCACAAGAUCAUAACUGUACAUAUAUCUCACAUUCUGAAAAAUAACAUUUUCAGAACCACAGAAAAAUUUUUAAAUGUAAAAAUUAGAUUCAAAUAGUAUAUUUUAAAUGACUAAUUACAGAAAUCUGAUGGGUAAACUGCAAAACAGGACUAAACUUUUGGACUACUGAAUCAAUACAUAGUCUUCUGUGUGUGAUUUUUGAAAUAGUUAAGGCAAAAGUGUCAGAUGCUUUAGAAUUAAAUAACCAAUGGAUCACUGAUCUUAAGGACUUGAUGUACAGCAGUUUUUAAAAAAAUAAGCUAGAAGUUGGUUAGAACAGAUCGAAUUAAUGCAAAAGAGAUAAAGACUCAAACACUCUCAUGAUCAAAUUAACUGUGGAAAAAAAAAGUUCAUUGACUUGUUAGUUAUGUGUCUGAGGGAUAACAACAUGUGUAAAAAAAAGUCCAUGUUUAAGAGCAUAUAAACGA